AUGGGUUACCUUUCUUGUAACGCCGAAUCCGCCAUUUCCACCUGCGAUUCUUACACCUUCUCCAAGAACAAGAAGAAGCAUCCCAUCUCCAAUCCACAGAAUAAGCAAUUUAAGAUCAGGGAUUUCUGUUUUGCGGAUCUUAAGACGGCCACCAAUGGAUUCUCGCACACCAAUUUCCUUGGGAAGGGAAGCCAUGGUUCUGUGUACAGGGGGGUGCUUGACGAUGGCGCUUUGAUCGCCGCUGUUAAACGAACCACCAAUCACCACACGAUUGGGUUAGGACAAUGUACUACCAGUAUUGCAAGUCCCGCGGAGAACGAAAUCGAGACGCUAUCCCGGGUUAGGAGCCCCAGGUUGGUGAACUUGUUAGGGUUCGGCUCGGAUCCGAUUGAUGGGAGGAAACUGAUUGUGGUGGAAUACAUGCCCAACGGUUCGUUGUACGAUUUGCUACACAAGAACGAAACCAGACCGCCCGGUUUAGCGAGAAGAGUGAAGAUCGCGGUUCAGGUCGCGAAGGCCGUUCACCAUCUGCAUUCCUCCAAUCCUCCGGUGAUCCACCGGGAUAUUAAGUCGUCGAACGUUUUGUUCGACGGAAAAUGGAACGCUCGGCUCGGCGAUUUCGGCUUGGCUCUGAGAGGCCACGUUGAGGACGUCAAAAUCCAAUGCACGCCGCCGGCAGGGACGUUAGGUUACCUCGAUCCGUGCUAUCUUGCGCCAGGCGAUCUCAGCGCCAAAAGUGACGUCUUCAGCUUCGGCAUUCUUUUACUGGAGAUCUUAUCCGGCCGAAACGCGAUUGACCUAAAAUACAGUCCGCCGUCGGUGGUGGAUUGGGCGGCGCCAUUCAUAAGAUCCGGUGAAUACGCCGAGAUAUUCGAUCCGAACAUUGAGAUAUCAUCAGAUAAUUCCGGAGUGAGGCAGCUCGCGGUUUUGGCGGCAAGGUGUGUGAAAUCGACGGCGGAGAAGCGGCCGGGAAUGGCGGAGGUGGUACAGUGUUUGAUCACCGCCGGUAAGCGAAUAACAUCUCUGGUUUUGGGACGGCGGCGCGUCAGGAGAACGCCACCGCCGUCGAUUAAAUAUGAGCCGUUGAAUGAGAGUACCGAGACGGUCAAAGCUUCGAGGGCUUCGAGUAGAAGGACCAGGAAAGUAUCCGGUGCAACAAGCGUACCAUUAAAGACCAAAUCCAACGGUCCUGAUUGCCUCAAAUCUCGCCACGCGGCGAGAUCUAAAUCUAUAGGUUCAGUCCUCGAUAUUAAAGCUGCACCGUUGGAUUCGGGUUUGGGAAGGAGAAGAGGAGGGGGGCAAGGAUUGGGUGUGAAAGGGUCUAUGGUAACGAUGAAUAGGUCAAAGUCAACAGGUGAGUUACGAGGGACAGGAUUGGUCCACAAAAGAAAUGGUGGGAUUGUGUUGCAAAUGAUUAGGAACCCUAAUGUUAGAGAAUUGGAAUCUUCAAAAUUAUUGGUAAAAUUCAGGUGA